AAUGCAACAUAUCGCUUGAAAGCGAGGCUGUCACAAACAUUCCAGCGAACAGAAUUACUGAAGAGAAAUAAAACUGAAUUCAUUGUUGAAUUUGCACUUCAGGUGUGCAAGAUGAGUAUGCAGCUGAAACAUAUGCGUACUUUGCUACCUCCUCAGGAUGGGGCAGCAAAGAUUUGUGCCAUGGCUUGGUCACCAAACAACAUGAAGUUUGGAGUAUGUACUUCAGACAGAGUGGUUUUGUUGUUUGAUGAACAAGGAGAAAAAAGAGACAAGUUUUCUCUCAAACCAGCCGAUUCAAAGUAUGGAAAGCGAAGUUACACAGUGAAAGGGAUUGCAUUCUCUGGUUGUUCAACCAAACUGGCAGUGGGACAGACAGACAAUAUUGUUUAUGUGUACAAAAUUGGAGAAGAUUGGGGAGAGAAGAAAGUGAUCUGUAACAAGUUUAUUCAGCAGAGUGCUGUAACCUGUCUCAUCUGGCCAGCAGAUCAACCAAUUGUGUUUGGACUUGCAGAUGGAAAGGUCCGAGCUGCAAAUAUAAAAACAAACAAGUCAUCAACAAUUUAUGGUACAGAUUCGUAUGUUGUAUCCCUGGCAGCAAACCCAUCAGGGAAAGGGUUUCUGUCAGGACAUGCAGAUGGUUCCAUUGUGAGAUUCUUCUUUGAUGAUGAGGGAACUGGGGACCAGCAGGGAAAAAUCAGCACACAUCCAUGCCCACCUUAUGCCUUGGCUUACUCCCAGAAUGCAAUAGUUGCUGCUGGAUGUGACAAGCGUAUCAUUGCCUAUGGACGUGAAGGACGGAGCUUUCAGCAUUUUGACUAUAGCAGAGAUGAUGAUGAGCAUGAAUUUACUGUAGCUGUAUGCAGUCCUAGUGGACAGUCUAUUGUUGUAGGCAGUUUUGACAGAUUACGUGUACUGAACUGGAGUCCAAGAAGACAGAUGUGGGAUGAACCAAAGUGUAAGGAUAUAAGGAACUUGUACACCAUAACUGCACUCGCCUGGAAGAAAGAUGGAGCUAGAGUCACUGCUGGUACUCUUUGUGGUGGUGUAGAAUUGUUUGACUGUUGCCUGAAGCGAACAAUUUAUAAGAACAAGUUUGAGAUGACGCACGUUGGUCCUAAUCAAGUGAUUGUGAAGAACCUGUCCAACAACACCCGUGUUGUUCUCAAAUCUCACUAUGGUUACGAGAUUGACGAAGUGAGGAUUAUGGGUAAAGAUCGAUACCUGGUCUCUCACACCUCAAACACACUGCUUCUUGGUGAUUUGCAGUCUAAUAAACUUAGUGAGGUACCAUGGCAAGGGUCUGGUGGAAAUGAAAAGUAUUACUUUGACAAUGAAAGUGUUUGCAUGAUAUUCAAUGCUGGAGAACUGACACUGGUAGAGUAUGGUGAGAAUGAAAUCCUUGGGUGUGUGAGGACAGAGUUCAUGAACCCACAUCUAAUCAGUGUACGCCUGAAUGAGAGGAAACAGAGGGGCAAUGAGAGCAACAAGAAAAUAGCUUAUCUCAUGGACUUGAAAACCAUAGCAAUUAUGGACCUGAUGAGUGGUAUAAAUGUUGGACAGAUCAACCAUGAAUUUAAAAUUGAUUGGCUGGAGUUGAAUGAAACUGGUAGAAAACUGUUAUUCCGUGACAAGAGACUGAGGUUGAACUUGUAUGAUGUUGAGUCCCAGCAGCGAUCUACAGUGCUCAGUUACUGCUCGUAUGUUCAGUGGGUACCAGGCAGUGAUGUUGUUGUUGCUCAGAACCGAGGCAAUCUGUGUGUCUGGUAUAAUAUAGAUGCUCCAGAGAGAGUGACCAUGUUUCCUUUGAAGGGUGAGAUAGUUGAUCUUGAGAGAACAGAUGGGAAGACGGAGGUUAUUGUGAAUGAAGGUGUUACCACCAUCUCAUAUACACUAGAUGAAGGAUUGAUUGAGUUUGGUACUGCUACUGAUGAUGGAGAUUUAGAAAGAGCUGUAGCCUUCCUGGAAACCCUCGAGAUGUCAGCAGAGACUGAAGCUAUGUGGAAGACAUUGAGUAAACUAGCAAUGGAGGAUAGACAGUUACAUAUUGCUGAAAGGUGUUAUGCUGCCUUGGGUGAUGUAGCUAAGGCAAGAUUUAUGAAAGAGACAUUCCGUAUUGCUGAAGAAGUGGCUAAGAAUACUGGUGGUGAUGGAUUCAAUAACUAUCGUGUUCGUGCCAGGAUGGCUAUCAUGGAGAAGAGAUUUAAAGAAGCUGAGGGUAUCUAUUUGGAACAGAACCAUGUAGAUGAAGCGAUGGAGAUGUAUCAAGAAAUGCACAUGUGGGAUGAAGCUAUUGAAGUAGCUGAGGCCAAGAGCCACCCAGAGUUGGAGACCUUACGGAGGAACUACUACCAGUGGUUGAUGGAGACAGGACAAGAGGAGACAGCUGGAGAGGUUAAAGAAAGAGAAGGAGAUUAUCUUGCAGCCAUCAACCUGUACAUGAAAGCAGGAUUACCUGCCAGAGCGGCUAGACUGGCUACCAGUAGAGAUGAGUUGAUGUCGAACACGGAUCUUAUCAGCAGGAUUGCCUCAGCUUUGAUUAAAGGAGAGCUCUAUGAAAGGGCUGGAGAUAUGUAUGAGAAGAUACGAGACUAUACCCAGGCUAUGGGUUGCUUCAAGAAAGGCAAGGCUUACAGGAGAGCUGUGGAGUUGGCUAGGUAUGCUUUCCCACAAGAUGUUGUAAAACUAGAAGAGGAAUGGGGAGAUUAUCUCGUGGCCCAGAAACAGCUUGAUGCUGCCAUUAACCAUUUCAUUGAGGCAGGAGCAAUAUCAAAGGCUGUUGAUGCUGCUAUAAACUCAAGACAGUGGGCAAAGGCCGUCCAGAUUCUGGAGCUACAGGACUCGUCUCUUGCCUCAAAAUAUUACAAGAAAAUUGCCGAUCAUUAUGCUUCUGUUGGAGAGUAUGAGACUGCAGAGAAGCUGUAUGUAGAAGCAGGAUGUACAAGAGAGGUGGUUGACAUGUACAACCAGGCUGGUAAAUGGGAACAAGCUCAUAAGAUGGCAUCUACCUACAUGAAAUCAGAUGAUGUCUCAUCACUCUACAUCUCCCAGGCUAGACAGCUGGAAGACCAGGGCAAAUUUAAGGAAGCUGAAAAGUUGUUUGUUGCUGUGAAGGAACCAGACCUGGCUAUAUCAAUGUACAAGAAGCAGAAAAUGUACAAUGAAAUGAUCCGCCUGGUAAAAGUUCAUCAUAAAGAUCUCCUUCAAGAUACCUAUCUUCACCUGGCAAAAGAAUGUGAGACUGACAAUAACCUGAGACAGGCAGAACACUACUAUUGUGAAGCAGGUGAUUGGAAGGCUGCUGUCAACAUGUACAGAUCACAGGAUAUGUGGGAUGAGGCUCAUAGGGUUGCUAAAGCCCAGGGUGGUCAGACUGCCUCUAAACAAGUGGCAUACUUAUGGGCCAAGAGCCUUGGUGGAGACUCGGCUGUGAAACUCCUCAACAAGUUUGGUCUGCUGGAGGCUGCAAUAGACUAUGCUGCAGAAAACUGUGCAUUUGACUUUGCAUUUGAACUUGCUCGAAUUGCAAUGAAGAACAAGUUACCAGAGAUCCACCUGAAACAUGCCAUGUACCUUGAGGAUGAAGGCCGCUUCCAGGAUGCUGAGGCCGAGUUUGUGAGGGCUGAAAAACCGAAGGAGGCUGUCCUUAUGUAUGUACAUAACCAGGACUGGGAUUCUGCCCAGCGUGUGGCUGAAGCUCACGACGCAGACUCUGUGGCUGAUGUACUAGUUGGCCAGGCAAGAUUUGCAUUUGAAGAGAAAGAAUAUGCCAAGGCCGAGACCUACCUGCUUAGAGCUCAGAGACCAGAACUGGCUGUCAAAUACUACAGGGAUUCUGGUAUGUGGCAGGACGCUCUGCGUGUAUGUAAGGAGUAUGUUCCUCACAAAUUACAGCAACUACAAGAUGAAUAUGACAGGGAGAUGACUGAUAAAUCAACAAGAGGAGCAGAGUCAAUGCUACAACAAGCUAGAGAGUGGGAGUCGUCCGGAGAGUAUGCCCGGGCCGUUGAGUGUUAUCUCAAGGUCACAGAUCAACUCACCAGUGACAGGGAGGUUCUGUCGAAAUGCUGGAUGAAGGGGGCAGAUUUAGCCAUAAAGUUCCUAGGGCAGGAUAAGGCAGUGCGUGUUGUAGAAAUUGUUUGUCCCAGACUAGUGGAGCAGAGAAAAUACACUGCUGCAGCAGAGUUAUAUCUCAAUGUUGAUCUGAUCAAGGAAGCUAUUGACAUGUUUAUGGCUGCAGAAGAAUGGGGAAAGGCAAGGAAGGUGGCCAAGGAACUUGAACCCAAGUAUGAGGCUUAUGUUGAGGACAGAUACAAGGAGUCUCUGAAAAGUCAGGGUAGAGCCGAUGUGCUUGCUGGUGUGGAUGUGGUCGGUGCCCUGGAUAUGUACAUAGAGAAAGGAGAAUGGCAGAAGGCACUUGACACAGCUGAGCAACAGAACCCCAAGGUCCUUACUAAGUAUGUGGCCCUUUAUGCAACCCAUCUCAUCAAGGAUGGGGAUAGUUUGAGAGCUAUGGAUGUGUAUGUAAAAUAUGGAGCUCCUGCUAACUCACAGAAUUUCAACAUUUACAAGAGAAUCUUCAGUGAUGUAAUGUCAAUGAAAGAUCUGAAUAAACCUGAAGCUUUCAGAACCUGGGCUGACCUUCGAGACAUGCUGUUUGAUUUGACUGAGAACUUGAGAAAGUCACCAGAUGCCAAUGGCCCUGACCAUGAAGAGUUUGAGAGUUACUUGAUUAUAGCUCAUUAUUAUGCUACAAGAUCAUCAGCAAUGGCUCACAAGUCUCUCGAUUCUAUAGCCACAAAGUUGUCAGUAUCAAUGUUAAGGCAUACAGAUAUUAUACCUGCAGAUAAAGCUUUCUAUGAGGCUGGCAUGAUGUGUAGGGCAAUUGGUUGGGACAACAUGGCUUUUGUGUUCCUGAACAGAUAUUUGGAUAUCUCAGAGGCAAUAGAAGAAGGUAGCUUGGAUAUGAUUGACCAUAGUGAUUUCCAGAAUACAGACAUUCCAUUCGAGAUACCUCUUCCUGAGAAACCGCACCUCUCGUCGCAGCAGCAUGAAGACAUUCGAGAGUGGGUGCUGGCUAUAUCUAUGGACCAGCAGAUAGAACAGAGUUUACCAAAGGAUGAGAGAGGCUGCUUUGAGGGUUCCCUAGUUGCUCCAGACUCUGGGAUCAGAUCUCUACCUUGUGUCAUUACUGGCUAUCCAGUAUUAAAUAACAAGAUGGAAUUUAAAUCACCAGGCAAGGUGGCCAACAAGGAUGACUGGAACAAGUAUUUAAUGGCUACAAAGGUGUCCCACAGUUCAGAGUUACAGGAUGUACUGAAGUUCAUUGGGGGAUGGUGUGGAGCCACCCCAAAUCCUAGCUACUCAUUCCAGUAACAGGAUAGUACAGCUGAUAUACCAUAGAAAUAUAGAGACUAAACUCCAUUCUUAAAUCCAUUUAUUUCUUGAUCUUGGUUGUGUUAAUGAUAAUUAGUGGAUUUACAACAAUUCAUGAAGAUUUUGUCAUUGACUUGUGUUGUAGUAUUUAAUUUUUCUACAGAAAAUUGAUCACAGUUAAAAAAAAUAACUUGAAACAAUAACAUGUUCAUAUCUAUUUUCAUGGAAGAAUUAAAAUUGUCUCAUAAAAAACAACAGCAAGUCUUAAAAUCAGGAAAUCUUACUAGACUGUAUAUAAAAGAAAAAAAAAUAAUAUACUCACAAUAAUUAUACCAUAGAUGAAGUUGAUCAGUUGUUGCUAAGUUACCACCAUGAACUUCGUACUUUUGAAAAUUUUAAGAAAAGUUUGUGUAUCAUUGAAAUGCAGUGCCUUGAUUACAAAAAUAUUUAUCUGCCAGUAAAUAUCGCUAAUUGUAUUGCAUUACACUGUUUUUAUAGUUCAUGUGAAGAUUUCGUUGGUAUUCUUAUAUAUUCUUAUUUACAAACAGUUUAUUUAAAAAAUGUUUUUGCUCUCUAUUGAUAAGAUUUGAAGUUAUGAAGAUCCGUCCAUUUACACAAGUGUACCAUAAUAAUAUUUAUUUAUGAAAAUUAUGAUUUUCGUUCUGGGUGAUAAAGCACAAAAUAAAUUCAGAACUUGAGAA